AGACACACAAACAACCCGUUGUUUCCAUUCUAUUCUAUUCCCCCCCUCGGUUUUUCCGUUUUCUCAAACCCAGUACGGCCAAACUGUAGAAACACCCACCAACUUCACCUUACAACCCUCCAGAUCACGCCACGUCAACAACACUACAUCGUGGCACCAUCACAACCGUAUACAUUACCAGUAACUAGUGAAUUUGGAGGGAAAAUAAAUUCUAAUGUACCGUAUUUUAAUUUUCCAUUUUCCAUCAAUGCAAGACAAGAUAAAAAGAAACGUACUGUAUAAAUAAAAAUAAAAAUAAAAAUAAAAAACAAAAACAAAAGAGAAAGUGCACCAUGUCCAAUGUCCAAGGUUUGGUAAUUGCCAUUUUAUAAAGAGAUUAAAAUUUCAAUUUCCAAAUCCCAAAUCUCAAUUUCAUUUCUUUCUCUCUCUCUCUCUCACUUGCGUUCUUCUCCGAUCACUUUCGGUUUCGCCGCCGAAUUCACUCAUCGGCGUUUCCGACCGAGGGUUUUAAUUCUCGUUCAAUUUUCCGGUGAGGUAAGAUUCUCAAUCAAACAAUUUCCGAACUAGUUUUUUCUUCUUUUUUUUUAACCGUUUCUUCCGACGAGGAGAAUAAUUCGUGGCAUUCCGGUUGGUUUUUUCUUCAGAUCUGGGAGUAUAUGGUUGGAGAUUUAUGUUGACUUUGAUUUAGGGUUUUCUGUGUUGAAUUAGGUUUGGGAUUUUAUGCUGGUGAUGAUUUUUUGGGGGAAUUAGGUUUUUGGGUCUUCUUUUUGGUUGGAUGGAACCGGCUGCGAGAAUAGCUAGCCCUUCUGGGGUUGUGGUUAAGAAUAGAAGUUCUUCGGGGUGUUUGAUUGUUAGGAAGAAAGGAGAUGGUUUGGGUGGUGGAGUUGGUGGUGGUUCCAGUUCCCGGAAGCAGUUUGAAUCGAAGAAGGUGAGGAAAAGGCCGAAGGUGGAUUCUAGUGAUUCGGAAUCAAGCGGAGAGUUACUUAUGCCGUCUGCUAGGAGGAUUGGCCCUGAGACUAUUCGAGUUUGUAAUAGUUUGAGUGCUCUUGAGCAAGGUCGUAAUGUCGGUAGUGGUGAAAUUAGUAGGAAGAGGGAGAGAAUGGAGCAAAUUAGGCGUAAUGGGGAUGGUAUGGUUGAGGGGAAUGGGUUGGAGAGAAGGGAUAAGAAAGUUAAGUUGGAUGUGUUUGAUUUUGAUGAAUAUGAUGGUUUGGGUGCAGAAAGGAUGAGAAGGAGGCAAUUUGAUAAAGAUGGGGUUGGUUUAGGAGGAGGAGGAGGAAGGUUUAUGGGAACAAUGCAUUCUGGUAGAGGUAGCAUUGAUAAGGAAUUUGAAACUGGUUCAAGCAAACGCAUUGUGGAUAAGAGAAAAAAUUCCUAUUAUGACAAGGGAAGUGGUUUGCAUCUUGGAGAUAGUGCUGACCGUAGUCGGAUAAAGAUGAAAAAGGAUGGAACUCAGCGUCCUCUGCCCUUGAUGAAGGAGAAGUUUAACUCUGACGAGUCCAUUAGGGUCCAGGGGAAAAAUGGUGUCUUGAAGGUGAUGGUUAAUAAGAAGAAGGUGGGUGGGUCAGUAGAACACUACGAUCAUCGCAAACCAGUAGAAAGCAGACAAAGUUUAAGGGCUGUGGGCACCUCUAAGAGGAAUGUUCCAAUCCGUCCUUCAUCACAUUUAGAAACAAAAUCUGCUGAGAAACAGGGUUUACUUGUUAGGCCAGAGAAGAAACAGAUAACAACAAAAAAAUCCCUGUCAAGUAAGGAGGACAGUAAGGGCGAUGAACAGGAUUCAGAUAACAACGACACAUCAAUGAAUCUGGAAGUAAAAAAUAUUAAAGCUCACACAUCUUCAAAAAAGAUAACCUCUGAAAAUGAACAGACUCCCGUACAUGACAAGCUCCCAACUACAAAAUCGAGUGAAGGGAAAAUCAGGCGAGGUAGUGGCACAGAAAAGCAGAAACUACGGGAACAAAUACGUGAGAUGCUUCUGAAUAAAGGCUGGACCAUAGACUAUCGCCCACGAAGGAAUAGAGACUAUUUAGAUGCAGUUUACAUUAAUCCUGCAGGAACAGCUUAUUGGUCCAUCAUCAAGGCCUAUGAUGCACUUCAAAAGCAAUUGAUUGAGGAUGAUCAACAGGCCAAGGCCAAAGGGGAGAGUUCUUCUUUUGCUCCUAUCGCUGAUGAUGUGCUCAGUCAAUUGACAAGGAAAACUCGGAAGAAGAUGGAGAAAGAUUUGAAGAUGAAGAAGAAGAAGCAAAGAGUUGAUGACGGUGAUAGUGGAAAAGAACGGCAGAUUAAAAGAAUUGCUGGCAAAAAGCAUCUUAUGAGUGGGAUCGAUAGUGACAGCAAUGAAGAUAAGUUAAGCUCCUUUGUCAAGCAAGGAAGUAAAUCAAUGAAAACAAAAUUGACUGAAAAUGCCGUUACUGGUGGUAGCUCUAAAAGCCAGAAUGCUACAGUUGAAAAAUCAUUCUCUGAAAGUGAUCCGCAGCUCCUACUUGGAAGGAAAAGUAGAAAACAUGGACGGUGCACUUUAUUAGUUCGUAGUUCUAACAAGGGAUUGAAUUCAGAACCUGAUGACUUUGUUCCAUAUACAGGCAAACGAACAGUGCUUUCCUGGUUGGUUGACUCAGGGGUAGUACAAGUUAGUCAAAAGGUUCAAUAUCGCAGGAAGAAGCGAGUAAUGCUGGAGGGAUGGAUCACAAGAGAAGGCAUUCACUGCGGUUGCUGUAGUAAGAUCCUCACGGUUUCAAAGUUUGAGCUUCAUGCAGGAAGCAAAUUGCCGCAGCCAUAUCAAAACAUAUAUUUAGAUUCUGGAGUUUCCCUUCUACAAUGCCAAAUAGAUGCGUGGGAAAAACAAGAGAAUUUUGGGAAAAUCAGUUUCCAUUCAGUAGAUGUCGAUGGUAAUGAUCCAAAUGAUGAUACCUGUGGUAUAUGUGGAGAUGGAGGGGAUUUAAUCUGCUGUGAUGGAUGUCCAUCAACAUUUCAUCAGAGUUGCCUGGAUAUACAGAUGCUUCCCCCAGGGGAAUGGCGUUGUCCAAAUUGCACCUGUAAAUUUUGUGGAAUAGUCAAUGGAACUAUUGACAAAGAAGACGAUGCCACUGUAUAUGCCCUACAUACUUGUGACUUAUGCGAGAAAAAAUAUCAUGAUUCCUGUACUAAGGAUAUAGGUGCCCUUCUUGCCGACUCCAAUAUGUCAGAGCAUUCCUUUUGUGGAAAAAGCUGCAAAGAGCUUUUUGAACAAUUGAAGAAGUACCUUGGUACCAAGCAUGAACUUGAUGCAGGCUUUACUUGGUGCCUUGUUCGUAGAACAGAUGAUGAUUCUGAGGCAGCUAGCAGGGGAGUCACCCAGAGGGUGGAAUGCAACUCCAAGUUGGCUGUCGCACUGACUGUGAUGGACGAAUGCUUUUUACCAGUUGUUGAUAGGAGGAGUGGGAUCAAUAUAAUCCAUAAUAGUUUAUAUAAUAGCGGGUCAAACUUCAGUCGGUUGAAUUAUACUGGCUUUUAUACUGCUAUUUUGGAGCGGGGUGAUGAAAUAAUUUCUGCUGCAUCUAUCAGGUUCCAUGGGACUAAGUUAGCAGAGAUGCCAUUCAUUGGAACUCGCCAUAUAUAUAGGCAUCAGGGAAUGUGCCGCCGGCUUUUUACUGCCAUUGAACUUGCUCUUUGCUCUUUGAAGGUUGAGAAACUGGUUAUUCCUGCAAUUUCUGAACUUGUUCUUACGUGGACAACAGUAUUUGGCUUCACACAUCUUGAGGAAUCACUCAGGCAAGAAAUGCGGUCAUUGAAUAUGUUGGUAUUCCCGGGUAUUGAUAUGUUACAGAAGCUUCUAGCGGAGCAAGGAAAACUUGAGGAUGCCGAGCAAUUUGAGAAUGAAGAUGUUUCAAUCAAGCCCACUCUGGUCAAAAGGUUAGAUAUCAAUUCAUCAGCCUUGCAAGAUCCUCAUGGAAGUGAGGAUGCUAGUUCCAAUCCUGCCAAUAAGAUUAACAAUGAAAGCAGUGAUGCUUCUCAAGAUACAAGCAAUCAAGGUUUGACUGGUAGGACUGUGUGCUCCAAAUCUCAUUCUGAGGAAAAAUCAUCUGAGGAUGCUAGUUCCAUUCCAGCCAACAAGAUUAAAAAUGAAAGCAGUGAUGCUUCUCCAGAUACAAGCAAUCAAGGUUUGGCUGAAAAGACUGUGUGCUCCAAAUCUCAUUCUGAGGAAAAAUCAUCUGAGGAUGCUAGUUCCAAUCCAGCCAACAAGAUUAAAAAUGAAAGCAGUGAUGCUUCUCAAGAUACAAGCAAUCAAGGUUUGGCUGGGAGGACUGUGUGCUCCAAAUCUCAUUCUGAGGAAAAAUUAUCUGAUUCUGUUUCAGAAUAUCGCACUUCUCCUAAUUCUAGUCAUGGGGUACUCUACUCUAUCUACGAAACCUGCCAUGCCUUUGUCGACAAGAAAAAUAAAAUAUUGACGUCUUCUCCUGUCAAUGAUCCAUCAUCCAAAUGCCAACUCAUCUCACCAAAUGACAUUUCUACAAAUGGUCUUCCAUCGGAUCGUUUGGAUUGUCCUGAAAUUCCAGCUUCAGGUCAAGCAACUGCAUGUUCUGACCUAGGUACGGUAGAAAACCGGGUUGAACCUGUUUCUGAUGGGAAACCUCAUGCUUUCACUGAUAUGAAUUGUGAUUCACCAGAGCUUGACCGAAAACCUGUGUCGGAUUCUCAAGUGGCGGAUAAUGCUUUGUCUUUUAAAGAGUUAGAUAUGAAUGAUGCCCAUGUUGAGGUACUUGAAGCUGGUCCUUUAGUGAAUUCAUCUCAGGCGAACAAUACCAAAGAGAAUAAUGAAAGUGAGGAUGUCUCUGGUUCUGUUCUUAAACAUGCUAUCACUGAUAUGAAUUGUGAUCCACCAGGACUUGACCAAAAUCCUGUGUUGGAUUCUCAAGCGGUGGACAAUGCUUCGUCUUUGAAAGAGUUUGAUAUUAAUGAUGCCCAUGUUGAGGUUCUUGAAGCUGGCCCUGUAGUGAAUUCAUCUCAGGCGAACAAUACCAAAGAGAAUAAUGAAAAUGAGGAUGUCUCUGGUUCUGUUCAUAAGCUUGCUAUCACUGAUACAAAUAGUGAUUCACCAGGACUUGACCAAAAUCCUGUGUUGGAUUCUCGAGUGGUGAACAAUGCUUCGUCUCUUAAAGACUUGGAUAUGAAUGAUGUCCAUGUUGAGGUUCUUGAAGCUGGUCCUUUAGUGAAUUCAUCUCAAGGGAACAAUACGAAAGAGAAUAAUGAAGAUGUAGAUGUCUCUGGUUCUGUUCUUAAUCAUGCUUUCACUGAUAUGAAUAGUAAAUCACCGGGGCUCGACCAAAAUUCUGUUUUGGAUUCUCAAGUGGUGGAUAAUGCUUUGUCUUUUAAAGUGAAUGAUAUGAAUGGUGCCCAUGUUGAGGUUCUUGAAGCCGAUCCUUCAGUGAAUUCGUCUCAGGGGAACAAUACCAAGGAGAGUAAUGAAAAUGAUGUCUCUGGUUCUGUUCUUAAUCAUGCUGGUGAGAGUUCCUUGCAGGUAAGAUCUGAUUUGAAUGGUGAAAUUGCAUAUGAGGGGGAAAAGAAUUCACAUUUGGACACAGAAGCUGCUUCAAAUGAAAUGCAUUUGGAUGAAACUGGCCUAAAUGCUUCUAGUGAUACUGCUGAAACUGACACAGCAUUGAAUGGUUGAGUCUAACACCUGAUGUCUUCAGUUCUACAGCUCAUGCAACUCUUGCACACAAUUUUUCAUUCAAAGAUUCAAUGCCUUAUAUGCAAUCAUUUUUCAAGGCUUUGGAACUUAUAUGUCAUGCUUUAAUCUGGAUAGUCUGAAAAGGUUAUGUAGAUUUCAAGGGAAAUUGUAGUGGGUCCCUUGCUUUGUUGUUUAAGUAUGAAUUUCUUAAGGUUCUAAGUUGACUUCAUUCCAUGUGAAUGUUUCUUCUGCCGAGAUGCUUCAAGGUUGCUUUUGGUUCAAGUUCUGUGUCCAUAUAGGUCCAUCGGGCGAAACUGUUUUCCUGUAAUGGGCACCCAUCCUUCAUAGGUUCAUGCUCCAAGCAGAUCCUGAGUGUAUUAUAUAUAUAUAUGAUAUAUAUGGUUCUCGUUGUUUGUAUCCGAACAUCUGGUGGAGUAGAUUUGGCUUACUUUUCAAGCCUUGUGUGCCGUUGACUAUUUUUUCCCCAGUAACUCAUUACAUGUCAUCAGCAGUCACAGAUACUAGGAACAAUUUUUGUUUUAUAUGAUAUUUUUUGUUUACUUUGUCUACAACUUUUAUUGAGUCAUAGAUGGUAUCAAGAAACUGUAUUUUUCCAAUUCCUGUCCUAGCACAUCUACUCAUUGUUGUUAUCUAUGUCUGCCCAAGCUCUUCAAUUGGUCGUGAUGUUCCCAUUUGGGUGACGCAGUUGCAUCCACCAAAACUCAAAGGUUUGUCAUAUUAAAAUUGAAAGUAUAUGAGUAGGGUUUUCGUGUAUAUCAAACUAAUUUGUGGGUGCACUACAAUAAAUAAUGACCAUGCUUGUAGAAUGUAAAGACCUUUCUUUGUGAAGGGUUUAUUUGUGUUGAUGUGGUGUUGCUUUUGUUUCUUCAACUUUUUUGUAAUGACGAAAAUAUGUUUGAUAUCAAAACUGGCAAUUGCUGCCGUCUUGAAUAAUCCUUGUACUUUUGUCAUUGUUGUAAUAACUAUAACUAUAGGCGUGUGUUUAUUUUCGGA